CUCAACGGCUCCCAGCCCCUGCAGCCGCCACCCAAUCAGCUGCAGGGGCCCAACUCUGCCAACGCCCCCUCCUCCAAUAACCCGUCCCAACAGCAGUCAACUCCACCAAAUUCUUCCCUUGGCUCCACCCUUUACAACCAGCAGAACAACGCUCCUGGUGGAGGCUCCAUGCCAAACGCUCCCCCCAACUCUGCCCAGAACAACAUGACCAACAACAGCAGUGGGGUUAACACCCCCGGCAGCAACCCCAACCCCCCUUCCAACUCCACCCCCAACACCCAGUCUCCGCUGCCCCCCGGCCCCGCUAACCCCUCCACCGGCCCAGGUUCCGGUCCAGGGAAGCUGGGCGGCCCGGGCAUGGUGUUCCCCUGCGGCUUCUGCCUGUCGGAGGUGCACGACGACCAGGAUGCGAUCUUGUGUGAGGCGUCGUGCCAGCGCUGGUUCCACCGUGACUGCACGGGCCUGACGGAGCCAGCCUACGGUCUGCUGACCCGAGAGAGCUCUGCUGUCUGGGCCUGCGACUUCUGCCUCAAGACCAAGGAGAUCCAAGCUGUGUAUGUCCGCCAGGGCUUGGGCCAGCUGGUGGCUGCCAACGAGGGCUGAGGAAUGGAAGGCGGAGGAGAAUAGACUGGGAGGGAGGAAGGGGUGCAGGGGAAGAGGCAUUGACUGCUCUGAUCUCUCUUGGAAUGGCUUUGGGCUGGGUUUCCCAAAAGAAUCGUAGCACUAAGAUCAUCUUAAUUCCAUUGAAACUCAAUGGACGAAAGAUGAUAUAAGUGCUACAAUGCUUUUGGGAAACYCAGCCCUUGUCUACCCGCCAGCUACUCACCCAACCUUAUCUGACAAGCUUUUUACAAUGCCUGAUUACAUCUCUUUAUUACAUACAUAAACACACACUUACAUGAAGCACUUUUAGUGACUCUUUUGGCCUGAACAACUGAUUUCCCCCUACAUGACAAAUGUCCACUCCACAUGAACCCCCCCAGACAUCCGGCCUGCCGACCAGCAAAGCACUGACACMAACACACUACCUCAUACUUUGUGACUGACCGGCAAGGGCCCCUCGCACUGACUGACUGACUGACCCCUGGUGAGAGCGUGGUCACCACACGCACACACACACCCCUGGUUCUGACCCAGAGCAGAUGAAUCCAAAGGUGAUCCAAACUGCCCCUCAAUGUACUAGACUGUCCUCCCUCCGACACCUCCAGAGAGUGAAUGAAUGGCGCCACAGAAAAGUGUAGAUAUACAGCCUGAACAUUUGCCCAAAACACGCCUCUGUCGAUCUUGGAAUGCAGGAGAAUCAACCAAUGAACG